AUGCAAUGGACCUUUCCAAUUCAAUUUGGAACACCACCUCAAACUUUGAGUAUACCAAUUGGUACAACAUCUAACUUACUCUGGGUUGUCAGUGAAUUUUGCAUGAAUGACCUUGGAACUGCUUGCAGCAACCGAACAACAAAUUUUUUCAAUACAUCUCUUUCAAACACUAUUUCAGGUGCUUAUGAAAACUUCACAAUCGAAUAUAUUAAGGGAAGUAAACUUGAAGGUAUAUGGGCCAAUGAUACAGUUAUAAUUAAUAAUCAAGCAUUCGAGCAAAUGGCAAUUGGAUUACCUAAGGAUAUAGAUGGAGCACAAAUCGUCCCGGAUACAACUAUAGGACAAAUAGGUCUUAUGCCUUACCAAAAUUACAUAUUAAAUAGUUUUGCUAAACAAAUCGUGGGAAUUUCUCUUUCAAUGAACUCCGAAGGCGCUGGUUUAGGAGGAACAAUUACAUUUGGAGGAAUAGAUUCAGGAUUUAUUAUAGGGGGUAACGAAAAUAAUAUAGUAUAUCAACAUCUUUCUCAACCCACAGAUCCAAAUCAGCAGUUAACAUUAGAUGAUAAUAGUGCUAGAGAAAUUGUAAAUCAAUUACCUGGAGGAAGUUUUUUUAAUGGUAUAGCAAUUGUAGAUUGUAACAUUUCAGAUACUUUUGAUCUAUCUUUUGAAGUUGCAAAUCAAAAGUGGAGACUACCAUCAAGCGCGAUUAGUAAAGAUAAAGUGAGUGGCACAAAUAAAUGUGAAUCUAUAAUUACUGGCGGCGCUAAUAACGGUUCUUGGAUCUUUGGAAUUUUCGAUCAAACAAAUUCGCAAUUUGGCAUUGCUUCACGAAGUGAUAUUAAUUAUGGUAUUGCUCCUUCAACUCCUACUCCUUCUGCUCCUGCUACUUCUGCUCCUCCUGGCUCUGUUGGAAUAAUGAUUCAAGUCCCUGGAAAUGAUGCAAAAUGCUUGCAGAUAAAAAGUACAAAAAUGGGAUCUAAAGCAUUUUCUUUGUCUAAUAAUACUGAUUCGGAUGGGUUUUACCAUGUAGACAAAAAUGCUUAUCCUGCAAUAACUGACGGUUUAUAUACUUUUUACUUUUCUCCAUAUUCAUUAAAUGGCUCGGAUUGUCCUGUGGCUGAUGAUGGAAAUAUAGCUACUACUCCUCAGUUAAAAGCGAACACUACAACUGAUCCUUGGAAAAUUACAAUAAGAGCCUAUUCUGUCUCAGUAAAAGUUCAUAUUCCUGGUGGAGUAACAACAAAUUUUGUGGAAAUUGAUAGAGUGAAUGAUAUUGGAUUUGCUUUUUACACGCCAUAUUUUUAUAUAGAUAAAGUUGAUAGCGAAGG